ACCACAGCAACUCGAUAAGUCAGUGUCGGUAUCUGCCAAUUUAUUAGGCGGAAUGGCAUCGAAAAAAUUCCUGCGGACAAUUUUUCUAACGAGUAUUUUACUCGUAUUCAGCUUAGUCAAUGGGGACGACGACGAACGCAAAACUGAUCUCCCUCCCGGCUUCAUGAUCGGAGCGGCAACGUCUUCUUAUCAAAUUGAGGGAGGAUGGAAUGCCAAUGACAAAGGAGAAAAUUCAUGGGACUUCUACACUCACAAUCGUACUGAGCGCAUCUCCGAUAGAGGAACCGGCGACAUUGCUUGCGACUCUUACCACAAGUACAAAGAGGACGCCCAGUUGAUACAAGACAUUGGGUUGGACUUCUAUCGAUUUUCGCUCAGCUGGGCGAGAAUCUUACCGAAUGGUUACUCGAAUUACGUGAGCGACGCCGGCGUCAAAUAUUACAAUGAUGUGCUGGACGAACUGGAGAAGCGUAAUAUAACACCAAUGGUAACGAUCUAUCACUGGGAUCAUCCGCAAAAAUUCCAAUUCAUGGGCGGCUGGACGAACGACAUCAUGGUCGACCUUUACACGGAUUACGCCAAAGUCGUGUUCGACAAGUUCGCGCAUCGGGUCAAGCACUGGAUCACCAUCAACGAGCCUAACGCUAUCUGCAGAUAUUCUUACGUCUUUGGAUUGCACGCACCCGGUUAUCAGCUUGGAAACGGCGCUGGAUACCUUUGCAAUACAAACGUUUUGAAAGCGCACGCUCGGGUCUAUCAUCUCUAUAACAAGGAUUAUAAGCCCACGCACAAUGGGGAAGUUGGGAUAACGCUCGAACUGAGAAAUUUCUUUCCCAAGAACAAAGGCGAUGAUUUCUCUGCUGAAAAAGGAUUCCAGGUUCAAUUCGGCAUCUAUGCGCAUCCGAUUUUCUCGAAAAAUGGCAACUGGCCACAACUGAUUAUCGAUACAGUUGGUAAUAUUAGCAAACUCGAAGGAUUGCCAAGAUCAAGACUGCCUGUAUUGUCUGAAGAAUGGAUUGCUGAAAUCAAAGGUUCGGCCGAUUUCCUGGGACUGAACCACUACACUUCCAUGCUCGUCGAGCCAGAAACACUCGAUGGAGAUCAAACACCAUCGGAUGAUGGUCUUAGCGCCAGUUACGAUCCUAAUUGGGAAGAUACAGCAUUCGACUGGCUGAAGAUCGUUCCCGAAGGAUUUGCAAAUGCCCUGAAGAGGCUGAAAAACGAAUACGACAAUCCCAAAGUGUACGUGACGGAAAAUGGCGCAGCCGAUGACGGUAAAACAGUGGAAGACAACGUGCGCCUCGUGUACUUGAGUAAGUAUAUGCAAGCAAUGUUGGAUAGCAUUUACAAGGACGGUUGCAACGUUCACGGUUACGCGAUCUGGAGCUUGCUGGACAAUUUCGAAUGGAGCGAAGGCUACAAUAUAAAGUUCGGCUUGUACCAAGUAAACUUUACCAGUCCGGAGAGAACGAGGACAGCCAAACAAUCGGCAAAAUGGCUGAAAGAGGUCAUCAAAGCGAGAAAACUGUUGCCGAUCGACCCUUACUUGGGCAUUGUACCUGCGGGAGCAGUCCCUAAUCUCGAAUGGCAUGGGCACACUCCUAAGCAUACAACGAUUUGGUACAGAGGACACUAACGAGAAUUGUGUCGUCGUUAACAGUUCCAAUUGUGCAAUUUGCGUACAGCGGACAAGAAUUUUUCCAGUUGUUUAGCAUGCAAGCAUAUCUUUCGAAUGAAUCUUCCCAUCGGAAGAAGAAAAAAAAGAACUUUCUCACAAUUGACCAACCGAAGAACUGUAGUUCUUCAGAAGAUAAGAGUUAUUUGAAGUCUACGUCAAUGUCACUUGAGCAAAAUUUGAAUGUAGGUUAUCGCGUGCGGUUCAACAAUUACGUUAGUCUCUCAUCGGAUUGCCUCGACAACGGUCACGCUCUUGACUCCUCCUCUUUCUUGUCUUAAUGAUAAUAUCAUUACCAUUUUUCCUUACCUCGACAAUAUGCGGAAAUUUUUCUCAUAGUUAUUUCGAAAUUGACCGAUAUCAUUGUUAUAGAAAGUAUACCACGGCAAAACCUUAAAAUCCUAUGUGUUUGGAUAUAUAUUUACGACCCAUCUUACUUCAAAUUGUUUAAUUUUUAUAAAUUAUAUGUUUCAAUGCAUAUUUAUGAUUGUAUCAGCUUUGUCAAUAGAAAAGAUUAACGUUAAUUAACAUUCUUUCCUGGAUUCCAAACCGGUUCCGUUUUUUCUUGUCAAAUAGAACGCCAAUUCAUUAUACUUCAGUUGUAAUUGGCUUAACUUUUCAAUUCUUUUUAUGCUAAAAAAUAGUUCGUAUACAAAGGAGAAAAUCUAUGGGAUCAUUUCACUCACAUAUAACCCCAUCGUAUCACUGGUAAAUCUAAUGGCGAUAUUGCAUGUAAUUCGUAUCAUAAGUACAAAGAAGACCUCGUUAUAAAGAGAUUAAUAAACGAAUGAGGGUUGGCACGUACAAUAGUUAAAUUUAUUAGAUCACGCGAAGAUUAACUAAAUUUACCUCCUUAGAUAAAUUUUUAUCGAUUUUCAUUCAGCUAAUCAAGAAUUUUACCAACCCAAUAUUCAAACGUCAUUAGUUAAGAUGGUACCAAGUAUCAUCACAAUCUGUUGAAUGAACUGGAAAAACAAUAUAACAACAUCAAUCGUCACUUCGUACAUACCACUGGGUUUUCAAGAAAAAAAACCUCUGUGCUUCGGAAAUAUAAAACUGUACAUGCUUUUGAAAAAAUCGAA